AUAGGGAGUCAGAAAACAAGCAAGAAACAGACAGAGGAGAGAGACAGAGAGGAGAAGGGCAUUUUAAAAAGGCAAAAGAAACAAGAGUCUGUAUUAAGAGAAGACAAAUUUAGGUAUACAAGAAAAUAAAUAAAAAGGGAUUUAGGGGCAGAAGACAACAAAAUCUGAGAAUUAAGGAUAUCAGAAGUAGCAAGACGGAGCUGUGGACACAGUCCCACAUUUACCACAACUCUGAGGUCUGGAAUUCUACAACCCAUUUCUGCAACAUCUUAAGGGCCUGGGACUUCUUUCUACUGGAACUCUACAUUCACACUUAACCCACACUGGGGUGACAUCAGGCUGAGAACACAUUGGGGGUCUGGCCCCUGUCACACGUUGGAGUCUGGCUCUUCAGUUUCUACUGCUUGCACAAUUUGGUCUGAUUCUGAGCAUCCAGCUCCCAGCACACACAGGGGUCUGCUAUACCACAUCCAGCUCCCACUGGCACUGUACAUCAGUUUCCGGUAAUCUUUGGAAAUCUGACACACCACUGGAUUUGGAAUUUCUUCCAGGACUGAGACAGAUACAAUGUACCUAACCUUCCGUGACAACCAGUGCUGGUACAAACAUGUGUUCCUGAGGACUCUUGUCUUCUUACUCUGCUGCAGAGGGCACUUAACAGGGAUUGUAAAAACGGAAAAGAGUAUUACAGCAGUAUUUGGCUUGGACGUAACGCUUCCAUGCUACUACCAAGCCCAGGAGGAGGAAAAAGUAUCGCAAGUUGUUUGGUCAAAGAAGUCUUCAAGUGGAUUAAGUAUCCAGAUAGCCAUUCUAAAUACAGAAUACGGAGCCUAUGUUUCACCAGCGUAUACAGGACGAGUGAAGGAAAAAUCUCCUUUAAAUGCAGAGGAUGGAACAAUCAUAUUAAAGAAUGCAGCACAGGCAGACGAAGGCACCUACCAAUGUCGUGUAAACACAUUCCCAGCGGGAAACUUUGAAGCAGAGCUAAUAUUGAAGGUUUUAGUUCCUCCUCUUCCUACUUUGAACGUUGGUCCCCAGCUAAAAGAAGGAGAAGGGAAGUCCCUGGCAGCUUCCUGCACAGCUGAAGGGAACCCAGCACCCACUGUGACAUGGGAAACUAAAGUGUUUGGGACGAACCACACAAACACGGCUAUGCACCCUCGAUCUACCUCAGUGACCAACGAGUUUUAUGUGGUUCCAACUCGGAGCAUGAAUGGAAAAUCUCUCACCUGUGUUGUCUCACAUCCAGGAUUUCAAAUUGAGAAAAGAAUCUCACAUGUCCUUGACGUGGCCUAUAUUUCUGAUAUCUCAAUUGAAGGACAUGAAGAGGGCUGGUUUGCUGGGAAAGAAGGUGCAACACUUAAGUGCAUUUGUGAUGGAAACCCAACUCCGCAAUUUAAGUGGUCCAGGUUAAAUGUCUCUCUUCCAAAAGAUGUAAAGCUUGAAGGGAACACACUGAUUUUCCAGAGCACACUGAGUCAGGAGGACGAAGGUACCUACAUGUGUCAAGCAACUAAUCCUGUCUCCAGCAGACAAAAGAGCGUCACUGUUUCCAUCUCAGAGAGCCAGCCUAAGAAGGUUGAUGUUGUUUCCAUUUCUCUGGUGUCUGUGGCUGUGGUGACCGUGAUCUUACUGGUAAUCCUGGUCAUAACGGUUCUCCUAGUUAAUCGUCAUCACAAAAGACGGACAAAGAGACUUUCAGAGAAAAUUGAAGAGCUUUCUACUCUGUCCAGAGAGGCCUCACGAAGGAGACUGAAUUCUACCACAGCUAGUACUGACACAAGGAUGCAGCUAGAAGAAAGCAUUCACCUGAGAAACCAUCCUGACAGUCUGAGAGACCCAAGCUUAAGUUCAAUGAUGGGUGAAGAAUGCGACAGGCGAAGUUAUUCCACAUUAACAACUGUAAGGGAAACAGAAACCCAGACUGAACUUUUAUCUACUGUGCCAGAUGAAGAUGUGAAGGAAGAAAAUGAAGACUUAGUCGAGAAGGAUGAGCAGAUCGAAGAGAAAGAUCAAGAUCAGAUUGACCGAGAUGGCACUGGUGGGAUUGAGAACCAGCCAUUUAUAAAACAGGGAAUGACACACUUUUAUCAGGAGAAUGGCACAUUAAGGGCAAAACCCAGCACCAAUGGUAUAUACAUCAACGGUCGGGGUCAUCUAGUAUAACCAUAGCUUAUAGGACAAUGUGGACUGAACCAAAUCACUGACAUUAUAAAGAAAAUGCAGAGAUAUACUGACCUGAAUGGCAGGAUGCCAAAACAUUCUUUGUAGUCCAAAUGUGCCAUAUUUGUACUACAGACUGUAUCAUGUACAAGUGUCCGCAGUGCUUACAGGUUUACACAGUGCUGCAAAACAAAAACUAUGUGGAAUACCAUAUAUGCCCACCACAACCUGGUAUAUAACUUUUCACUGGAAUGGUAGUUUCACUAACAAAAAAAAAUUGUUUUAUUAAAAUUGUCCAUACAGGAGCAUCAUCCAAAUCAUCUUUGUUUCAACAAACUUCAUCUACCAAGAACAUUUUUUUUAAAUGUAAACUACUAAACAAUCUGUGUCACUUUCCUCUGGGCUUCCUGGGAACUGAUACGAUAAAGAGUAAUGAACAAUGAUAUAAUACAUCAUAAACCUUACGUUGAGGUCAAACUGUUUUAUCCAAUGUAAAAACUGUAAUCUGAGCUGCCUGCGUCAGGAUGUGCUAAUUGUUAUUAAGAUAUACUAAGAAAAUUUUAACUCCUAAAAUGUGAAUGGCAAGACAAGAGAAUGCCAUGCAACCGUGGCGGUCAAGCCUGCCUCUGCGGAUCUGAUUUAUAAACAAAGUGUUGACUUGCACAGAGUGUAACUUCCUAUGAAAUCAAAAUGUAGGAUAGAAAAAAAUGUAAACUUUGUGGUAUUAUUCAUAUAUCACUUUCAGGGAAAUAGACGCAGGUGGGCUUCAGAAAGCUGGGUCUUUUCUGUUUCUUUUAUGAUCUUGUGCUUAUAUUUGUGUUAUUUGUGUUUAUGGUGAGUGUACACACAUCAGUUACAAUGGAAUGGUCAUGUUUAACAUGCUGGGUUCUUUAUAAAAUCAAAAGCUCACUGUGUUUAAUUUCUACAUAAUCCUGUAAAACACAUUUUGCGGCAGUGGCACAAUGUUCUAAUUGGCAGCUGAAUUUGAGAGUUUGGGCUACUGCUCCAUGUACUAAGGAGUGAAUGCAGCGUUGGCGCACUUGUGGGGCAGGCUCACUCAGGCUAGCCUGCUUACCGCAAUGUAAUAAGUAGCGGUCAUAUGAGGUGGCGGAGAUAAAUAACACCAAGCAUGUUUGUUCGGUGUGAUCGACAAGGUCACGCAGAAGCAGGGGGCAGAGCUGCACAUGCAAAUGCUUGUGCAAUAGUACAAGUGGGCAGCAGAUGUUCAUCGUGCAGAUUCACUGUGAAGAUAGGCGGACAGAUAUCCAAGUAAGGAACCUUGUCCAUCUGCACAUUGAUAGAUGGGGCCCUUUUUGACACUAUGAAUGCUAAAAAUAACCAAUUCCUAGGUUAACAAACAGUUCAUGGUUUUAAAUUUGCUACCAUAUGGUACUCAAGCAGACUAUUGGCUUCAUGAUCAAAAAUUCCAUUGAAUGAAUAGAAAUCACACAAAACCUUAGCUAUGGGGCAUUAUAUUGUAAUAUAUGUGUUUCCCCUUCACAUCCAGAAACCUGCAUAGCUAGAGAAAUAGCUAUCACGCUAGCAUUUUACUUUUUAAAGUUAUUUGAGUAAUUGCAGAAUGCUAACAAGGCUUGUAAGUAGGGAUGGGCGAAUGUUUCUAAAAAUUUGAAAUUUAAAACAAAUUUUGAUACAUUCGUUCGUUCGAAUCGAAUUUUGAAUGUUUAUAUAACAUUCUAACAUUCUAUUUUCGAAUUUUCGUUUUCAAAUUUUUCAAUAAAAUUCGAAAAUAUUCAUUCGAAUAAUAGAAUGUUUAGCUAUGUAUUCAUUCAAUUUCGAAAUGUAAUAUUCGAAUUCGAAUGUGACAUUCGAAUUUGAAUGUGACAUUCAAAUUUGAAAUAGUAUUUCUAGUCUACAACUGUGUUUAAUAAAUGUAAUAUUCGCAUUCGAAUGCUACAUUCGAAUUUGAAUGUCACAUUCUAAUUUGAAAUAGUAUUUCUAGUCUAAUACUGUGUUUUAAAUGUGAUAUUCGAUUCAAAUGUGAUAUUCAAUUCGAAUGUGACAUUUAAAAUAGUAUUUCUAGUCUAAUACUGUGUUUUAUAAAUGUAAUAUUCGAAUUCGAAUGUGACAUUCGAUUCAAAUGUGAUAUUCGAUUCGAAUGCGACAUUCGAAAUAGUGUUUCUAGUCUACAAUUGUGUUUUAUAAAUGUGACAUUCGAAUUCGAAUGUGACAUUCGAAAACUGUAAAUAACAUUCGAAAAUCGAAUUUUAAGAAUAUUCGUUCUUAUCAACAUUCUAUUAUGUAAAUCAAAUUUCUACAAUAACAUUCGUUCUAACAUUCGAAUUCGGAUAUAAACACAUUCGCCCAUCCCUACUUGUAAGAUAAUCUUGGCAGAGAGGAGAGCUUUAGAUCAUUAGGCCCUGCCUAGAUCAUCAGACUGGAAAACUAAAUGAAUUAAGAUAAAAAUAUACAUCAAUACUUUAGCAAAUUUAACAAAUACAAGUGCACAGUUUAUUGAAACAAAAAAAUAACUAUAUCCUCCUUUAAAAAGCAUAGGACAUAUAUAAAAAAAUAUUAAUGACCAAACUGUUUCAAUGUCUUAGGGAAUCUGUCCUAUCUAUCUAUCUAUCUAUCUAUCUAUCUAUCUAUCUAUCUAUAUGUCUGUCUGUCUUUAAUUUUUUUCCUUAUUAGAUUUUUGUUGUAAUAGUAUAAUGGUGUAAAAUAUAAGUAAAUUCCCUUACAUUCUGAAGCAGUUUGGUUAUAUAUGUAUAUUUUAUUAUACGUUUUAUCUAACACGUUUUUAUGAAGAAUAUGUCUGUAAUGUUUUUUUUCUGAUUAUGCACCAGUAUUAUAAAUCCAGACCUUUUGAUUAUGUAUUCUACAUAUAUACUCUACAAAAAGGAAAUCUAUUUUGUACUUUAUUAAGGAAAUAAAAAAAAUAGGACAUGGCCAUUCCAGUUUAAUAUGAAGAACUGACUCUUUGUUAAUAGUGUACAACCCUUCCCCUUAUGGGAUAAUGUGUUUAUUGCCAUUCCAUAUCACACAAUUAAGUCAUUUAAACAAAUGUAAAUAGAACUUGAAAGAAUGUACAUAUUUUUUUCUUUAAACGUUUCUAUUUAUAUGUGCUGUAAAUAUUUUAUAUAUAUUUAUAUAAUGGGUUUUUACUUUUUUUUGUUUGUUUUUUAUCAUGGCAAUUUUUUUUUUAUAUAUGUAAAUUUGAUUAUAGACCCUCCAAAUAUUUAAAGGGACAGUUUACUCAAAAAUGUUCUCCCCUUUAAUUUAUUCCCAAUGAUCCACUUUACCUGCUGGAGUGUAUUAAAUUGUUUACAAGUAUUUUCAUUACCCUUAUAUUGGCAUUUGAAUUAGUUUAUUUAGCCUGUGGUAUCCCCACCUCUUCUGAAAGUUUUUGGCCACGAGGCCAAGCUGUAUUAACACAGCCUGUAGAAGAAAUUACACUCCCAGUGGGUUAUAGAAGCAAUAAGGUAAUAAAAUGUUAAUUUUCCAUUGUUCUCUCCAAGUAUUGGUGAUUGGUGUAUGGACAGAUAUAAGAUAAAGAAGCAGGUAUAUGUACACAAUGUGAUACAGUAAUGAGAUCUGAUUAUACCUACAAGCUCAACCCAUUUUAUUAGGUUGUGGCUUCAAAACACAAAAUCACCUAAUUCAUAUACACAAAUAAGCCUUAAAAAAGCGAAUCUCAUAUAUUUUAUUCUCUGCAGCUGGUAAAAAAAGUAAUUGGAAACACAUUAAGGGAAAAACAAUUUUAUAGUAUACUGUCCCUUUAAGAUGAAGUCUUUGGAGAAAAAAUACAAUUACUCUUCUAGAGGUAUUCAAAACAUCUGAGAAAUCAAAAAUAAUGGGCAACAUUUUAUUUCACCCUAAAUGCCACUUAUACAUUUUAAGGUGAAACUUCAAAAAGAGUCACGUUAAACUUCUAUGUAAAAUAAUGAGUAAAAAGGCUGGGCUGUUGGUGAUGAACAAUUUGUUUUACUUUGUUAAAAAGAUUUUUAAAUUAUAGUUAAUAAAUACAACACAUUAUUUGGAGAAGCAUGAUGGAUACAACAUUUAUACAUUUUACAGAGAAAGAAAUGAUUAGUUUAAACACCAUAAAAAAUGUUGUUGCCCAACACACGGAAGAACGGAUGCCUUGGUUUGUCUGAAUUGCCUUUUUUUCUGAAAAGUAAUAUUUUUGAAAGACGGGUAAAAAGCAUUAUGUUUCCUACCCCAAAAAAGGAUUUGAGACAGUAUAUUUUACAAUGUAAAACAGAUGUAAAGAUAAAAAUGGGAGGCCUAAUACCGGAACAUUGUUGUAGCCUGCUUUUUGGAUUCUGAACGAGUGCCACCUACUGGACAAACUAAUAUAAAUAUGUACAUUAUUAUAAUAAAAAUAAAAAAUGUUGUGUAUGGGGAAUAAUUUGUUUUAUGGAAAAUCCCUGUGAAGUUUGGGAAGACAUAAAUAAAGUAUAUUUACUUAAA